AUCCAUCUCCUCUUGUGAUUUCAUAUCUGCUUCUCAGACGAACUCUCUGCGCUUAAUUCAUAACGUUAUCUUUCGAAUUUGCCCCUCCAAUUUUAACUUAAUUACAUAAAAUGUCCGGAACUCUAAUCUACUCCGCCGUUAACUCCCUUCGAUUCUCCCCGGGAAACAGCCUUCCUCAGCCCAAAACCACCGGACUCCUCCGCCACAAAAACGCGCGGUUUCCCACCGGAGCCACGUCGUUCAGAGCUUCGGCAGCUCAAACUCUCGACGCCGAGCCAGCCGUAACGGCAUCCUUUCGUCGGCAAGCGUCGAGUCUCUACGAACUGCUGAGAGUCGACGAGACGGCGUCGUUGACGGAGAUCAAGACGGCGUACAGGAGCUUAGCUAAGGUUCACCACCCGGACGCGUCGGAGGAAUCGGACGGACGAGAUUUCAUUGAGAUCCGUAAAGCUUACGCGACGCUGGCGGAUCCGACGACGAGAGCGAUCUACGAUUCGACGCUGGGAGCACGAGGGAGACGAGUGCACGCUGGAGCGAUGGGUCGGGCGAGUCGGGUUUACACGACGACCCGAUGGGAGACGGAUCAGUGUUGGUAGUUUAUAAGUCAUGUUUUUUUUUUUUUACUUAAUUUUCCCCUUUCAUUGUUUUUUAAUUAAGGGGUGAAUAAGUUUUUUACCAGCUUUUUUUUUUUAAUUUAGCUUUUUUUUUUUUUUUUUUUUUUUUGUCAACUGGUCACUUUUAGACCUUUAAUCCUCAAACUGAGGUAAGUGGGGGUCGAACCCCCGACGUCAGGGCCCGAAGGCAGAGCUCAGCAGCCACUUGGCUACGAACGACCCGACUUUUUUAAUUUAGCUUAAGAAGGUAACAAUGUGUCACAGAUGGUUAAUGAGUAGAGAGAUGUUCAUUU